GCCGCUCACCCACGCCGCGGGCCCCGACGCGGGGCUCCCGGGCAGGGGUCCCAGGCCGGCUUAUGGGGAAUCCCAGAUAACGCGGGUUGGGGGCGCCCACGCCCCCCAUCCCCGCCGGCAUGGCCCGGCCGCCGCCGCUCCAGGAGCUGCCCCCUGGCUAUACACCCCCAGCUCGAGCCGCGUCGCCCCAGAUCCCAGCCGGCAGCCUGAAGUCUCCACUCUGGCUUCGCGCUUACUUCCAGGGCCUGCUCUUCUCUCUGGGCUGCGGGAUCCAGAGACACUGUGGCAAAGUGCUCUUCCUGGGCCUGUUGGCCUUCGGAGCCCUGGCACUGGGUCUCCGCGUGGCCAUCGUUGAGACAGACCUAGAACAGCUCUGGGUGGAAGUGGGCAGCCGCGUGAGCCAGGAGUUGCAUUACACCAAGGAGAAGCUGGGGGAGGAGGCUGCAUACACUUCCCAGAUGCUGAUACAGACCCCACGCCAGGAAGGGGAGAACGUCCUCACCCCCGAGGCGCUCGGCCUCCACCUCCAGGCAGCCCUCACCGCCAGUAAAGUGCAAGUAUCACUCUACGGAAAGUCCUGGGAUUUGAACAAAAUCUGCUACAAGUCAGGGAUUCCCCUAAUUGAAAAUGGAAUGAUUGAGCGAAUGAUUGAGAAGCUGUUUCCGUGUGUGAUCCUCACCCCCCUCGACUGCUUCUGGGAGGGCGCCAAGCUCCAAGGGGGCUCAGCCUACUUGCCCGGCCGCCCUGACAUCCAGUGGACCAACCUGGAUCCAGAGCAGCUGCUGGAGGAGCUGGGGCCCUUUGCCUCCCUCGAGGGCUUCCGGGAGCUGCUAGACAAGGCACAGGUGGGCCAGGCCUACGUGGGGCGGCCCUGUCUGCACCCUGACGACCUCCACUGCCCGCCUAGUGCCCCUAACCAUCACAGCAAGCAGGCUCCCAACGUGGCUCAGGAGUUGAGUGGGGGCUGUCACGGCUUUUCCCACAAGUUCAUGCACUGGCAGGAGGAACUGCUGCUGGGGGGCAUGGCCAGAGACCCCCAAGGACAGCUGCUGAGGGCGGAGGCCCUGCAGAGCACCUUCCUGCUGAUGAGUCCCCGCCAGCUGUACGAGCACUUCCGGGGCGACUACCAGACGCAUGACAUCGGCUGGAGCGAGGAGCAGGCGGGCACAGUGCUGCAGGCCUGGCAGCGGCGCUUCGUGCAGGUCAGUGUGCAGAUGGGCGAGGGCGGUGCCCGAGGCUGCUCCCUCCUCCUGCCCCUCAGAUCCACCCUGUCUCUGCAGCUGGCUCAGGAGGCCCUGCCUCAGAAUUCAUCCCAGCAGAUCCAUGCCUUUUCCUCCACCACCCUGGAUGACAUCCUGCAUGCUUUCUCUGAAGUCAGUGCUGCCCGUGUGGUCGGAGGCUAUCUGCUCAUGCUAGCCUAUGCCUGUGUGACGAUGCUGCGCUGGGACUGUGCCCAGUCCCAGGGUGCCGUGGGCCUUGCGGGGGUGCUGCUGGUAGCCCUGGCAGUGGCCUCGGGCCUUGGGCUCUGCGCCCUGCUGGGCAUCGCCUUCAAUGCCGCCACUACCCAGGUGCUGCCCUUCUUGGCACUGGGCAUCGGCGUGGAUGACAUAUUCCUGCUGGCACAUGCCUUCACAGAGGCUCCACCUGGCACCCCUCUCCAGGAGCGCACAGGCGAGUGUCUGCAGCGCACGGGCACCAGCGUCGCGCUCACGUCCAUCAGCCACAUGGUUGCUUUCUUCAUGGCCGCCCUGGUUCCCAUCCCGGCCCUGCGAGCCUUCUCCCUGCAGGCAGCCAUAGUCGUUGGCUGCAACUUUGCAGCCGUGAUGCUUGUCUUCCCAGCGGUCCUCAGCCUGGACCUGCACCGACGCCACUGCCAGCGCCUUGACGUGCUCUGCUGCUUCUCUAGCCCCUGCUCUGCGCGGGUGAUUCAGAUCCUGCCCCAGGAACUGGGGGACGGGACGGUGCCAGUGGGCAUCGCCCACCUGACCGCCACGGUUCAAGCCUUUGCCCACUGCGAAGCCGGCAGCCAGCACGUGGUUACCAUCCUGCCUCCCCGAGCCCGCUUGGUGCCCCCACCUUCUGACCCGCUGGGCUCUGAGCUCUUCAGCCCAGGAGGAUCCACACGGGACCUUCUAGGCCAAGAGGAGGGGACAAGACAAAAGGCAACCUGCAGCUCCCUGCCCUGUGCCCGCUGGAAUCUUGCCCAUUUUGCCCGCUCUCAGUUUGCACCCUUGCUGCUCCAGUCACACAGCAAGGCCAUCGUGCUGGUGCUCUUCGGGGCUCUCCUGGGCCUGAGCCUCUAUGGAGCAACCUUGGUGCAGGACGGGCUGGCCCUGACGGAUGUGGUGCCUCGGGGCACCAAGGAGCACGCCUUCCUGAGCGCCCAGCUCAGGUACUUCUCCCUGUAUGAGGUGGCCCUGGUGACACAGGGUGGCUUUGACUACGCCCACUCCCAACGCGCCCUCUUUGAUCUGCACCAGCGCUUCAGCUCUCUCAAGGCCGUGCUGCCCACACCUGCCACCCAGGCACCGCGCACCUGGCUACACUAUUACCGGAACUGGCUCCUGGGAAUCCAGGCCGCCUUUGACCAGGACUGGGCUUCUGGGCGCAUUAGCCGCCACUCGUGCCGCAAUGGCUCCGAGGACGGGGCCCUGGCCUACAAGCUGCUCAUCCAGACUGGGGAUACCCAAGAACCUCUGGAUUUCAGCCAGCUGACCACACGGAAGCUGGUAGACAAAGAGGGGCUGAUUGCACCUGAGCUCUUCUACGUGGGGCUGACCAUGUGGGUAAGCAGUGACCCGCUGGGCCUGGCGGCCUCACAGGCCAACUUCUACCCCCCACCUCCCGAGUGGCUGCACGACAAGUACGACACCACCGGGGAGAACCUUCGCAUCCCGGCGGCCCAGCCCCUGGAGUUUGCCCAGUUCCCCUUCCUACUGCGUGGCCUCCAGAAGACUGCAGACUUCGUGGAGGCCAUCGAGGGGGCCCGGGCAGCAUGCGCCGAGGCAGGCCGGGCCGGGGUGCGCGCCUACCCCAGUGGCUCCCCCUUCCUCUUCUGGGAGCAGUAUCUGGGCCUGCGGCGCUACUUCCUGCUGGCUAUCUGCAUCCUGCUGGUAUGCACUUUCCUCGUCUGUGCCCUGCUGCUGCUCAACCCCUGGACAGCUGGCCUCAUCGUACUGGUCCUGGCGAUGAUGACUGUGGAGCUCUUUGGCAUCAUGGGUUUCCUGGGCAUCAAACUGAGUGCCAUUCCCGUGGUGAUCCUUGUGGCCUCUGUGGGCAUUGGUGUUGAGUUCACAGUCCACGUGGCUCUGGGCUUCCUGACCACCCAGGGUAGCCGGAACCUGCGGGCUGCCCACGCCCUAGAGCGCACGUUCGCCCCAGUGACCGAUGGGGCUGUGUCCACUUUGCUGGGUCUGCUCAUGCUUGCUGGCUCCAACUUUGACUUCAUCAUACGGUACUUUUUCGUGGUGCUAACUGUGCUCACCCUCCUGGGCCUCCUCCAUGGGCUCGUGCUGCUGCCUGUGCUGCUGUCCAUCCUGGGCCCCCCGCCAGAGGUGGUACAGAUGUACAAGGAGAGCCCAGAGGUCCUCAGCCCCCAAGCUCCACGAGAAGGAGGGCUCAGGUGGGGGUUGCCCCCCACCCUGCCCCAGAGCUUUGCCAGAGUGACUACCUCCAUGACGGUGGCCCUCCACCCACCCCCACUGCCCGGUGCCUACAUCCACCCAGCCUCUGACGAGCCCACUUGGUCCCCUGUUGCCACACCAGCUGCCAACGGCUCCAGCAACCUCAGUUCCAGGGGACCAUGUCCAGCCACUGGGUGAAAGCAUCUGAAGCAUGGAGACCCUGCUAGGGCCACCUGAAGUCACUGGGAAGCAAUGGGGGGGUGCUACUGAAGGCAGGACGACACCUGGGGAGCCCUGCUGCUGUGUCCGCCUGCGUCCCCUCUCCUGCCUCAGCCGUCAUGGACCUCCCUGCUGUCCACAGAACCGCCCCAAGUAGGCUCGGAGUGCCUUGCACACUGGGCUCUAGUGCCCGCGCCGGCGGGGGGCGGGUGGAGCCAGCCAACCAGGUGGUGCGUCCGGCCUCUCCCCCUCCCCAGCCCUGUGCCCCGGGCCCCUAGCAAGCCAAGACUGGGGGGGCCUCCAGCACCCUCUGCUAGGCCUGGCCCCCCACUGCUUGGGAACUCCAGAGUACGCAGCUCCGUAUCUCUGCCCACAUCCUACCACAUAAAUUAUUUAUAUGAAGAUGUUUAUUUUUGUAGUUUGUAUAGAUGUUAGCUACACUGAAAGUUUUAUUUUUAAAGAGUGAAAUAUAUUCUAUAUGAACUCCUCUCAAA